UUAUAAACUUGAAAUCCAAAGCUCUAAACUUUCAUUUCUGUGAUUGGUUUCUAAAAAUAAAGUAAUUCUUGAGUUCCUUUCUUUUUCCUGAUGAUUGGGGUUGGAUUUUCUGGCAUGACUCUGAUGAAUCAAGACAGAACAAACCAGCAAGCUUCAUCUUUGAUUGGUAAAAUAUUGAGUGUGAAGGGAAGAAAUCAAAGAAAUAAAGAGAUUGAAGUUAGGUUUGGUUCCUCAGAAGGACAAUAUGAUUUACCACUUCAACCUUUGCUUUCGAGAGGCGAAAGCACAAAAGCUGCUAAUGAGAAUCUGUCAUUCCGUGUCUUUGUCGCAACAUGGAACGUAGGAGGCAAAUCUCCGGAUAGCAAACUCAACCUCGAUGAUAUUCUUAAAGUUCGUGAAGAAGACAUUUAUGUGUUAGGUUUUCAGGAAAUUGUUCCGUUGAAUGCCGGAAAUGUGCUAGUUAUUGAGGAUAACGAGCCCGCAGUGAAAUGGCUCGCCUUAAUAAACCAGUCACUGAACAAAGCGAACCAUGUGCCUUUAAGAGGAUCGAAAUCCAUCUCUUCUCCCAGGGGUUCUCUGGUUUUUCCGAAAACUUCGCUUAGAAAGGCCAGCAAGGCUUUGAGGACUGAGGAUAAGCGAAGGCUGAAGAGUUGCAACUGCCUCCGGUGUCCACAAUCUCAAACGAAUGAAAAUGAUAAUUCGUCUGAAGAUGAUGAAGACGGCUGUAGCAACUUUUCAGUCGGUCCAAUGCCCACUCCUGGUGCGAACUCCAUGAAGUAUGGCCUUGUAGCAAGCAAGCAAAUGGUUGGAAUUUUUCUAACGGUUUGGAUGAGGAAAGAGCUUGUACAAUAUGUAAGCCACAUGCGGAUUUCCUGCGUAGGUCGCGGAAUCCUCGGAUGCCUUGGAAACAAAGGUUGUAUUUCGGUGAGUAUGCUUUUCCACAAGACAAGCUUUUGUUUCUUGUGCAGUCAUUUGGCGUCUGGAGAGAAAGAAGGUGAUGAACUCCGGAGAAAUUCAGAUGUCAUAGAGAUACUCCGGAACACGCAGUUUCCGAGGAUCUGCAAAACAACGAACAGUAGGGUGCCAGAAAAAAUUCUGGAUCAUGAUCGGGUCAUAUGGCUAGGGGAUUUGAACUACAGGAUAUCUUUAAGCUACUCUGAUACCGGAAAGCUACUAAAACAGAAAGCCUGGGAUGCACUGUAUAACAAUGAUCAGCUGAAGAUCGUAAGGGAAGCAGGGCGAGUAUUCAAUGGAUGGAAAGAAGGAAAAAUAUACUUUGCACCAACUUACAAAUACUCUCUUAACUCAGACAUUUAUGCCGGAGAAACAAUUGAAACCAAAAGCAAAAGGAGAACUCCAGCUUGGUGUGAUAGAAUUCUGUGGCGUGGAAGUGAAAUGUAUCAGCUUUCGUAUGAACGGAAGGAAUUAAGAUUUUCCGAUCAUCGGCCGGUUUGCUCUAGGUUUUGGGUGGGCGUUGAAGCAAUGGAGGAUGGAUCAAAGAAAAGAUGACCUUUAAUUAAAUAUAAACAAUAACAAGAAAUAAUUGCAGAAAAGUACCAGUUUCGUGCUUAGAAAUAUAACAAAUGUAUCAUACCUUG